AUGGCAUUAACUAAUCCAAGGCCGCUACAAAUUCCUGCCUUGCAGAAUGAAAUACUGCAUAAUACAGCUUCUCCAGUAUUUCAAGCGAGUCCUCUCGUGUUCAAUCCAAAAAAUGAUGAUGGUAUGUUUCCUAAUACCCCAUCAUCUGAAGGAUCUCCUAGUGACAAUGGGAAAAUUAGGAAGGAUGGAUCUGUUAAUAGUCCAAAAAAGGAUCCGCUCACUUUAGAAAUUUCAAAAAUUAUACCCGUUACAGGUGAAAGACCAAUGCCAAAGGAUAGAACUGCACCAUUAGAUGAUGAUGUGUUGUUCGCAGUUUUUGUUAUUUUGUGGGAAGAAGAUCCGGGGUUACAAGGUAUGACUGUCAAACAAUUGUCGGAUCAUCUUCUUGAAAAACACCCAGAUAUGUCUAACCUUUCCACCAAACUAUCCAAUUUGAUCUCUGCAAAAUUGAAUGCUUACGUCAAGAAAUUGAAAAAGGUAGAAAAGACUUUGACAUAUGCUUUGUCAAGAGAGUGGUCAAAUUCUUCUCCAAGAAGAAUGGUAUAUGUUUACAGAGGUAUCCUGUCACCAGAUUACAAGAAACAUGCCCAGGCUGCAGCGGUUCAUUUGAAACAACAGCAAGGUGUGGCGAUUAAUGAUAAUUUUGGCGACUCACAAUUGAACUCAAAGAAGGGUGAUUCUGGUUUCUCAGAUGCUGCCAAGAUGGGCACAUCAACAAAUUUGGGCUUUUCGCUAAGUCCCGAAUUUAACAUUCCAUAUUCCACAUCGCCAGUUUCCGCAAUUUUGACACCAGCCUCAGUUACUCCAGAGAAGGGCACUGCAGUGAAUCCUGGAGUAAAAAGAGCUCAUUCGGACGGUGAUGAAGAAGCAAAUGAGCAAUUUAAAAAAACGAAAUCAAACAACAGUGAUUACAAAGCUGAUUCAAACAGAUCUGAGUCUGCUCCUGUCACAUACAUAACAGCUGCAGCUGCAGCUCCAAGACUUUCGAAAUCGUCUUCGAAGAACAACUUUAAUGCAAUUCCGCAGAAUUCAGCUGCUAUCGUUGCAGCCAUUCAUAAGGUUUUCUCCACACAAACACCAAUUGACUCUAGAUCGAAAACAAUGCCAUCUAGCAAUAGCAUUUCUACGCCUGAUCGGCCUUCAGGAGCCGGUUUUGUUGAUUCUUGGGUUAAAACUGUCAGAGAAGGUUUCCUAACUCAUGAUAUCGAAUCCCCCGAGGCAAUGUCCUUCGAAGAACUCGAAUGCAUUUUUGAUUAG